AGAUGCCGAUUCAGUAGCAAGCUGGAAGCUGUACGCGGAUGAAAUGAGGGAGUAGUAAAGUGCUUGUUUAACACCUGCCAGCCGUUACACCUGGGUUGGCUGUGAUGUUCCUACCGUCUUGACGUGAAUUUACUUACUGUGAUAGUCGAAAAAGAAGGCGGAUAUGCGUGUUAAAUUAAUGUAAUAAAAUAGUCUGUUACUUACAGCGUGCGAAAUGGCUGUGAUUUCCAAUGUUAUGCGCGUGAAAUUGAUUUUGUUCGCCGUUAUUUGUUUUAUACUGUGGGAAGCAUUAAGGACUGUUCCAAGUUUAUCUUCAAUUACUAACGCAGGCCCUGCUACACUUGACCGGGGUGGUCUUGUUUCUCUGAGAACACCUCUCAGUCCUGUUGAAGUUGCUGUUUACUAUGAAGCAUUGUGCCCAGAUUCACGAAGUUUCAUUACAAGGCAGUUACUGCCUGCAUUCUUGAAAGGCCCUGGUUUGAUCAAUCCUGUUCUGAUUCCAUAUGGGAAAGCUGAGACCAGAGAAACACCAACUGGUUACGAAUUUACAUGCCAACAUGGACCCGUAGAAUGCCAGGGUAAUAAAGUGCAUGCAUGUGCUGCUGCCAUCAUUGGAAGUAAAGAGAUGCAAGUGAAAUAUGUAGCAUGCAUGAUAAGCAAUAACAUGAAUCCAGAAGAAAUUGGAGAAAGGUGUGCCACCAAGCUCGGUAUUGCUUGGGACCCAAUUCUGCAGUGUUCAAGAGCAAGGGAAGGAAAUGAGCUGCUAAAAGCAAAUGGUGAUGCUACCUAUGCCUUGAAUCCAAGUGUAUCGUUUAUACCAACAAUAACACUGAAUGGAAAUCAGGGUAACCAGGCAGCCAUCUUAAAGAAUCUGUUUGGAGAAGUUUGCAACCUCUAUCCGGAACCUAAACCAGCAGAGUGUGAAUAUGAGAGGAAACCAUCUGAGUAAUGAAGAUCAAGUUACAAAUAAAAUGUUUAAGAUUCAUUGGCUUGAGCAAUAAAAAAUAACUCAUUCAGUAUUGUUAAAUACUUUGAAUAUCACAAUAUUGAGAAACUGUCACACUUAAAAUAUAAUAUCUCCUGUAAUCCAUUCCUAUAAUUACAGUUAAUGCAUUUAUCAAAAAAUGGUUAACCCUUUACCUUCACACUACCUAAUCAUGUGAUCUUCUGUUGCCGUUCCAUUACAAAGUAGAUUCUUUAAAGACUGUAAAUGUAAGUAUUUUUAUGAAGCUGAUGCUUUGAAAAGACUGCAUUAAAACAAGAAUAUGUCUGCAUCUUGUGGUUCUGGUGGCCAUUGUGAAAUGUAACACAGAAUUUAGGUAGUUAUUGUACAGAAGUAAGAGUUCGGGCAUUCCAUGAGAUUCUGUUUCACUAUUUUUCUUGCCACUGAUAUAUGCAGUAAAGUGUCAAUAUGUGGAAUACCUAUGCCAUUUGGUGCUGCUGCAUUGACUAAUUGUCAUUAUAUUGUCCCAAAUUAUUGAAAUAUUUUUUUUAAUGUUGUUUGUAGUACCAUGGGGUAACUAUUGCAUAUGUUCCAUUUCUUCCCUGAAUAAAUAUUGCACUUUUAUGGGUAAUAUAAAGUACAAAAAAUUCAACGCUGUAUUGUAUAAUAUAAUUUGAAAUACAGAUUUUGUUACAGUGUUUCAGUGUGAUUCUUUUUUAGAUUAAGGCAGUGGUCUAGAAUUUAGUUUUGUAAUAUUGUUACACCAGUUGAGCAUUGUUGUUGUUUGUGGGUGUUGUCAGCAAUGUACCAGAAAAUUUAAUAGGUUGUCAACUCAGUGACUAUCAUAAGAAAAGUAUAAAAAUUACCCACUUUCUAUUUUGAAAAUGUGGGACUUUGGAUAUGUUAACCACAGCAACAAAUAACACACACUCAGAAUUGUUGAAUAAGAAAAAAAUUUAGAGCUUGAAACAUUUAUACCACAAUAAUUUCCACACAUAACAUGAACGAAUCCCAGAAGUACCAAGAGACUAACUAAAUUAUGCCACUUGUCGCAAACAGCGAUCCACUUUGUCAGCCAAAGAGUACACACUACACGCUAAGCACUUGUCAAACUUCUAUUCCCACACAGCUCCCCCUGCAGUAGAACAAAGCUCCAGAAAUGUAGGAAAACUGAUGUUGAACUCGGUCGGGCCCUUGUAUUAACUGGGAAUGUCCUGUGGGGUGUCCUUGUGAAAUGAUACCGGGAUCUCUUAGUACGACACUGGAGUAUGCAUCACUGAACUUGGGGGUUGGUGAUCUCGUUUGUCAGUCUGGUAAUGGAGAUCUGUGUACUAAGUUGGUAGGUCAUCAAUGGGUUACAAUUAAGGUGGCUUUAUCCUUUUGAAUGACACUGUCUUAAGUUUAGCUUAAUAGUACAUUCAUUACACUUCCAAACUUGGAAAGGGAUAGUAUAAGAAGGUUGUAGUAGUGAGUGGACAGCACUGGCCCUUAGAAUAGCACGGCAGCAUGUGUACAAAUCCCGAAGUAAAAUGUUGGCAUCUCAAUGACGAGGUUAGGAGUAGGGCCAAAAUGUUGGCAUCUCUAUGAUGAGGUGAGGUGUAGGGCGAAGCAGGUCAGCUGGUACGAAAAACUCUGAUGGAAGCCGCAAUGUCUCUGCAGGGACCAUCUUACUGUUGACAUGCCAAUGUCUUGCAUGACCGCAGUGCGAAAGCCACACAGCACAGCUUUGGGUGGGGACUAAAAUAGUUACAGGACAAUUAGCGAAGGCUUCCAGAAAUCGCAGCAUAUCCCAAACAAACCUCCAGCAGACAUCAGGUAUAAGCAUUAUCAAAGAAAACACUGUCAUCACAUCCAAAAUGUUACAUACAAAUACGGAGAAGCUAGACACAUUCAGGAUGAAAUUUGAGCCAGCAGAAUGUAUUCUAAGAGAGUAAAUGGCUGUUGUUUGAAAUACAAACUAAACACCAUAAAAGAAGAAAAGAAAAAUAUACAAUGAAAACAAAGAAUUUAAAUCCAAACUGUCUUUCAUAAAAAGGGAACUAGAAAAAUUGAAAAAGGGUAGGUAAUCAUCAGAUCGGGGUCACCAAUUUGUGGGUGAGUUAAAUACAAUACUUGAAAUUGCUAAAUAAGAACAAGAUUUUUUUAUAGCCUGUAAACAUUUACACAACAUUACUACUCCCACAGGACCACACACACACACACACACACACACACACACACACACACACACACACACAAUCAAUUUCAAAAAUACUCUUCUUUUGCACUGCUUGUUACAAGAACAGUGACACAAUGUUCAAUCUGUUCCUUCCUCUGUGACCUAGUUGAACAUCGUAUCUCCAAAGGCAUAAAACAAUCCUCCUUUUCCUUUUGGAUAGUUUCAUGAUCCUAAUCCACUUCAUCAGCUAAAAUACCUCAUAAAGCUGUGAAUGAAGUAACUUUCUUCUCUUAACAAUGUACCUCUCUCUCUCUCUCCCUCCCCAGUAAUAAAACAAAUAUUACAUUGUGGAAUAUAGACCACUAUCAAGCUUUAAAAUUUUAUCCAAAACAGGAUGGUCCAUGUGUUUUCUUGGUUGAGAAAUUGUGUUGAUGUUUUGCAAAUGAGUAGUUGUAAUUUUCAACAGGGCAAUUGUACUUAAUUCAACUGAAUGCUGAUGAUAAGUAAAUAUUUUUUUCUCCAAUAUUAUGAUGUCACUGGUUAAUUCAUAUAUCAAUUAAAUAAUUACUAAUUUACUUGAUAUUACAAUGGUGCUAUAAGAAAAUGGCAAUGUUUUGAAAAGGGGGUAAAAGAAGUUAGGAGAGAAUGGCCCUUUCAAAGUCACGAAACAUUUCCAUUGUGAGGAGCAUUUAGUCCAGUCAUAUCACUAGGGUGCCUAGAAUUUUAUUUACUAGUGGCAAUGUAAUUAUUUAUCAGCGACUAAGUGAACUGUAAAAUAAAAUUAGACAAGAGUCAUAAAUAUUAAACAGUGUUCCAAAAUGAAUAUAUUGUCUUGUUGUAUGGUGUAUUGUUGAAAGGAGUUCUGAAAAAUUGUUAUUGUUCAUUUUUAAGGAAAAAAAAGGAGAAAAUGAUAAAUAUACAAGAAGCCUUUUAUUUGAACUUGUAAAAAGAUUUGUUUUCUGUACUGUGGUUGCUUUGUUAUAAUUUUGAUUAUAUACUGUGUUGUGUUGGCCUUUGUUUUGUUGGGUUCUUGUACCAAGGAAAGAUAGUAUGACUUUGUGCAGAAGAACCUUUUGUGUUAAGUAUACUAAUAUUUUUAAAAACUUGAAAAUUCUUUCAGUCUACAAAAGAGCCAAUGUUUGUUAUAUUUAUAAAUGAAAAUAAAUAUUUCAGAAAGGUUA